AUGUGACCUGCCCACACUUUUCCCAAGUCCGCGACAUCCAUCUCAACACGACGUCUCUGUCUGUGCGUUGAGAUUUUUCGAUUUGUCUUUUUCAGGGUACUUUAGCAGCUGAACUUUGACCAUCAGGAAGGCAAAGAGAAAACUUCUGGGGAAGCAGUGGUUCUCAAAGUGGUAUGCUGGCUCCCCCUACUGUCAUGAUGGUGGUACAGUACAUGGAGAGCUAAGUAUUUUUUGAUGGGAUACUACUUUGCUUGAAUAAUUCAUAUUAUUAUUAAUGAAGUAAUGCCAUACGCUGAUAUCUGUGUGGGUUGUGUGUCCACAUCAGCUGGCGUCAUGGGUCUACUGGACUUCCUGUGCUGGAGAGCUGCCACACUGCUGCUUCUGUUUCCUAACGGGCAGGAGUGCCUAUCGGUGCACAUCUCCAACGAGGAACCCCUGUACAUCAUCCCGGGCUCCACCCUGGUCCUGCGCGCCCACAUCGAGUCCGGCUCCCCGGAGGAGGUGUCGGCCGUCACCUGGGACCGGGAGCCCGAGAGCGGCGCCCCCGACGGGCGGGCCGCGCUGGCCGCUUGUCCCGGAGGAAGCUCCCGGCUGCCCGUCCAGUGCGCCGCCGCCCGAGCCAACGUGCGCGCCACCGUGGAGCGACAGGCCAGCGUCCUGCACGUCAGCGAGUACGCAAAAGCCGACGCGGGCGUUUACGCCGUCACCGUGACGGGAAAGACGGCACAAUCCAGCACGGCGCGUUGCAUCGUCAGAGACUACGAGGCGGUGCACCACGUGUCGGUGAGCAUCAACGUGUCGCAUUCGUCGCUGGUGUGCGGCGAGGCUUGGGGCACGGAGCCUCAGUUCAGCUGGCUGCACGAGCGCGACGCCGUCACCGGCAGCGUGGGCCGAGUCUCCACAGACGGCGCCACCCUGGUGGUCACCAAGGUGCCCAUCUGCGGACAUUUCACCUGCGUGGUCAGCAACAAGAUGGGCUACAGCUCCGCCACGUACACGGCCGCACCGUGUGAAACGGACGGCAUCAGCGGGUCGACGGUGGCGAUUGUUUGCCUGGUGGUCCUGCAGAUCUUAGGAGGAGGCCUGGCAUUUCUACUGUGGAGGAGGUACCGGAAAAGGAACCGAGGAGAGAGGCUGCGUGAACAUAUGGACGACAACAUUUAAAAAGUGCCCAGAAGCGGGAAGAGGAAAUCUACAUAAUGAAUUUGAGGAACUCUUUGUAUGGUCAUCAGCAGGACUUUUACUUCAAUUUCACAUGGUGUAGUAGACUACAGGUAUAGCUACACUGCCCCCUACUGGGCUACACUUGACACUGUGUGUUUAAUACUGUCACUUUCUCCUAACCUUUGUCUGCUGGGUGAUUCCAAAUAAACAUGCUCAACCAAUA